CCUGGAGCGGAGCGAACCGCAGUGGGCCCCUGGUGCGCGGCGUCGGGGCUGCAGCAGACGACGAUGGCCGCGCCCGCCGCGGCCGGGAUGGUGAAUGCGGCUCCAGACCGCUGGCGCUCUCUGUGGUCGGUGCUGGCGGCGGCGCUCGGGCUGUUGACUUCUGGCGUGUCGGCCAUGGAGAUAUACACCCCAAAAGAAAUCUACGUGGCAAAUGGGACCCAGGGGAAGCUGUCGUGCAGGUUCAAGUCUGCAAACAUCACCAGCAGGUUGACCACGGUCUCCUGGAGCUUCCAGGCCGUGGGGACCGACACCACCGUUUCGUUUUUCCACUACUCCCAAGGCCAAGUGUAUGUCGGGAACUACCCCCCCUUCAAGGACAGCAUCAGCUGGGCUGGAAACCUGGACCAGGCAGACGCGUCGAUCAACAUAGAAAAUACGCAGUUUUCCCACAACGGCACCUACAUCUGUGAUGUCAAAAACCCUCCUGACAUCGUCGUCCAUCCAGGAUACAUUCGCCUCCACGUGGUGGAGAAAGAGGAUUUGCCCACAUUUCCGGUCACGGUGGUGGUGGGUAUAGUGAUUGCUGUGGUCGUGGGUCUCACCCUGCUCAUCAGCAUGAUUCUGGCUGUUCUCUACAGAAGGAGAGCCUCCAAACAGGACUACGCUGGCUGCAGCACCUCAGAGAGUGUGUCACCGGUUAAGCAGGCUCCACGGAAGUCUCCCUUCGACACGGAGGGUCUAGGAUCUCACCAGGGCCCAGUCAUAUACGCGCAGUUAGACCACUCGGGCGGACAUCACAGCGACAAGAUCAACAAGUCGGAGUCCGUGGUGUACGCGGACAUCCGGAAGCAUUGAGAGAAGACCCGGGCCACACCCUAAGCAGGAACAGAUGCCGACUGGACCCUCGUAGCGGCGCAGCCCAGAGCCACGUGUGGCCUCGGACAAAACAAGACCCGGAGGGAAGGAUGUGUAGAAAGAAAGGCUGUGUCUAAAUAUCUAUUUAACCUCUGAUGGGAGGAGCCGGUGGUGCAUGGCGAGAAAAGAUGGUGUGAUGCUACGUAUAUAUAGACUGUCUUGCUGUUUUCCGUACCUUUUUGCGAGCAGGGUCAUUUACAGGUGGGGCGACUCGGCCGCAGUCUUGUCCUCAUCGUUUCGGUGCGGCGUGCCUUAGGGGAGGCGUAGCGGUCGGUUAGUAUCCUGAUAGACUUGGCCUUUUUGUCUAAGGGCUUAACCCGUCGUAGCAUUUAUCGUAGUUGGAGAACGAAGACGUGCCCGGGUGGCGCCCCGCUGUCUGCUCCGACGACUCGGUUGUAGUUCUUAGGAAACACCUCCUAGCGGUGCCACUUGGAGACCAUUUGAGAAGUGUCUGUUGAUGUUUUUUCUCUCUCUAAAACAUGGUGUCUUUGGCUUCAUAUGUUGUGCACACGGACUUGAACACCUUUCACGUCCGCCUGUGUGCUCGUCCUCGCGUGACGAGCACGGGACGGAGAGCUGGGGAGGCCACGUCUUCCUCGGUACUUUCAACAACGCCAUUUACACGUGACUGCGGUAGAAACGAGGCCUUGCUGGAGCAGAGGGGCGGGUGUCCUUAGAUUCUCCCCGGGCCAGUCUGCAGGAUCCCAGCUCGCUCUAGGGCGCCGGCUUCCCUCUGAAACUUCAGUCACAGCUCCAAGGUGCUGCCGGGACCCCUGAGGUUCAAGGCCAUCGAGAUCGCGUAGAUCCGAACGUAGGGCUAGUGCUUCCGCUUUGGGGAUCUCCUCUCUGUUCCUGUCUGUUGUUGUUUGUUUGUUUGUUUCCCCCACGGAUGGAGUGGAUGAACAGCGAGAUGAGGAGAAAUCUGGGCAGUCCGGGCUCCCUUCCCAGAACUCACUCUGUCCCGUUGACAACCCCGACCCCACCACGAGCCUGUGAUUUCUGCUUUUACUGGGAAUGAAAAACAAAGUGAGAUCAUUAAACACUUAUUUAUAUUUGUCA